CUCGUGUGUUUUCUUUUGACAUCCCCUCCAACAUGCUGGAAAUGUCAAGUUAACUCUUAACUUAAAUCUCACCAGUAGGCUUGGUUUGUAGGCUGUUUUCUUUCCUCGGUGUUUGGUGUUGAUACGUGAUGUGGACUGUGAAGGUGGUUGGUCUGGGUGUGGUGGCCCUCUCUCUCAGCCUGGAGCUGUUUGGCCGGCUCCUACGUCGCCUCAGGCCUGCUGGACGAAUCCUCAAUGAGGUCCUCUUCUUUCCCACAGAGAUGGCCUGUGUGGAGCACAUCUUCACUCCCUCUUUGCCGCACUCCUGUUUCUGCUCGUUGCCCCAUGGCAAAGAGACCUCUUUAUCUCGUCUUCUCCAGCGCAUCCUGUCUGCUUCCUUCUCUCUGGACUUGUGUGUCUUUGCCUUUUCCAACAUUAACCUGAGGAGGGCUGUACUAGCGCUGCAUAGUAGGGGUGUCGCCAUUCGAGUCCUCACCGACAAAGACUACGCUGCCAUCACUGGCUCCCAGAUAGGGGUCCUCCGCAAGGCUGGGAUCUGUGUGCGCUGCGACGUGGGCUCCGUGUAUAUGCAUCACAAGUUUGCAGUGGUGGACGGCCGGCUGCUCAUCACCGGCUCCCUCAACUGGACGCUGACAGCAGUGCAGGGCAACAUGGAGAACAUCCUCAUCACUGAGGAGCCGCGCCUGGUGCAGCCCUUCAUCAAGGAGUUCCACAGGUUGUGGAUGCGCAAUGAUCCGGCCCGAUACCAGCACUCAAAUGACCAAAAACCUGCUCAUGUUACAACUAGGACCCAGUGUCCAGUUAACCAUGACAAAUAUUGAGUCAGAGUUCAUGAACCUUUGAGGUAGACUGUAUGCAUGUAAAAUCUGUUCAGUCAGCUUGGCCACAAAAUGUCUACAGAAUUUGAUUUUGUCUUGUUUCUUGUUAUGUAGAGCUUUGGAAGACUUGUUUACAUUAAAGUGGCAAUGUUAGCUCCUGUUCGAGAUGACGGAAGUUUACUUUAAAAAGUCUUAAGUAAGUAUUAGAAAAGUAGUCUAAUUUUGAAUGACACUGUGUCGUGUGAUUUAACAGACUGAGUCUGCAGUUAAGAGUUCCUGUUUGAAUCUGUUUUUUCUUAUAUUUUUCUGUUUACAGAACCUGUAUGGUCUGGCACAGGGCAAAGAUGUGGAUAAUAUCCACAACAAAGAUUUGGUCUAGCUCUAGAGAGAAUACCUCUGUUUGUGUUAGGGUUUUUAAAUUUAAGUUUAUGUGUUUUUAUUUUGUGUCACAGGUUGACAUUACGCAACUACUGUUGCUUUUUUUGAAAGAUCUCCACUGAUCAAAUUAAUCUUCUUUCUUUGUGGUCAUUAUGUAAUCAAUAAUCUAUUACAUGAUACAUUUCCCCCUCAGAGCUAAAGGGAUUAUCUAGGCUAGUUAGGAAUUUGAGUUUAAUGCCUUUAUUUAAAAACCAAUCCACAGUUCACCUUGUGUAUAAUUCUAAAUUACUGGCAGUAAAGAUUUAGUGCAUUAUUUAGGGUGUGCUGCUGCGGUCUCAGGGAUGUUUUGCCAUGCACCAUUAAAAGCCCUCUUUCACACUGCA